AUAAAGAUCCAGAUGAGGAUACGAGUGAAAAAGUUGAUUCUUCUUGUAAAGAAGAAUCAACUUUUUUACCUGUAUCCUCAUCUGGAUCUUUAUCUAAAGAUGAUUCGUUAAACUGUGAUUCUAAAAUUACAACAAAAAGUCCAACUGGAAAUAUUAUUAAUCACUUAGCGACUAUACAUCAAAUAUUUAAAAAUACUUUCUUACCUAAUACAGUAAUUAAAAAGCUUCUUAAAAGCAAAUCCCGUAUACUAAUAACCCAAAAACAGCAAAAAUAUCUAGAAUCACUUCUUUAUGAAUGGAUUAUUUUAGAUAAUCUACCUUUACAAGCACUUGAAUCCUUUUCGUCUCGACAUUUUAUCAACAAUCUUAAUCUGGAUUUCAAUAUUCUUAGUAAUAAAAGAUUCAAAAAUAAGAUUUUUGAAUCUAGAAGUUAUGUUAGUCAGAAAGAAGAAUCUACAAAUGAAUCACAAUUAGUUUUAUAUCAUAUACUUACUGAUUGCGAAACACGGUGGUUAAGUACUUUUUAUGCUUGGGAUCGACUUUUAACCUUAAAACUGUUUAUUGAUAUUCUCUCUACCGCUAUGAACGUAAAAAAUGUUGAUUAUGAAACUAAAAAAGAUGGAAAACAUUUAGAAAAAAUUAAUUUAGCUUCUAAGGAAUGGUCAAUUAUUGAAGAUAUUAUGCCUAUCCUAGGACAAUUCACUGAAGCUAUAGAAAAGUUAGAAGGGAAUGAAUUAGAUGAUGCAUUUAAAGAACGACAAAUAGAGGACGAUAUAAAAGAAAAUGAAUCAAAAGCAAAACGAAAAAUCAAAAUUAAUAAUCCAAUUAAUACUUUUGGAUUAAUUGAUACGAUUAAAAGUAAGCUUUAUCGUGUACUAAAUUAUUACUAUAAUGACUUGAAGCUUGAUGGACUUGUUGCUUCACUCUUAGAUCCACGUUGGAAAAGUUUGUUGUUUAUAACUGAGCAAAAAAAAAGUGAAACAAUUAAUGAAUUGCGACGUUUAUAUGAAAAUGAAAAGUCUAAGUAUCAUGUAACAAACUUACCCGAAAGACAAGAAAGUAAACCUUCACACAAAAAACAAAAAAAAACAAAAUUAUAUGGUGAAAGUUUGUUUAGUUCUUUUAGUUCUAAUCUAAUGCAACAAAUAACUUUGAGCAUUUAA